AUGUUCUCGUCUACCAUCACACUUGCGCUGCUCUCGGCAGCUGGCACUCUGGCCGCCCCGACGAACAGCUCGACAUGCACCUCGCCCACUGGGGAUUUGACCGUUUCGUCAUUCCAGCUGUACCCUGAAAAUGCAGACUUUGACACCCAACGAUGUGUUACAUACUUCAGUGUCCUCUACAACGCCUCCGUUGCGGUCUACGAUGCGAACAAAAACGCCGUGACGCGCAUCAUCGAACUUACAGGUCUGACCGGGCGAGCGGAGCUCCAUGCUAGCGGUGUUCGCAUGCGUCCCGACGGGCAUCUGUCCAUGAUUAUCAACGCCGGCGCCGCCUUCGACACCUCGGGAAAGGACAUCUCGGGCGAAAACUUCCUCGUCAACUACAACCUCGAUGAGAACAAGAUUAUGGGCGAGCCGAUCGACCUGAAUGCCGUAUCCGGCGGGCGGUACGGCGGGUUCCAGGAUGUCACCUACGACACGUGUGGCAACGCUUUCGUCGUUGGCACGUAUCCCGGCAGCAUCGUCAAGGUCAGCGCGGUCGGCUCCAAGGCCGUGCAAUGGAUCGCCGACGAGGACGCCAACAGCACCGUCGCUGGCUACUCGGGCAUCGUGUCGUACGGCAACACCCUCAUCGCAACCAACGGCAAGGACGGUGGUCUCUACCGCUUCGACGCGCACAAGGCCAAGGGCGAGCCUGUCUCGAUCCCCUUGUCUGGAAAGCAGACUACCCUCGGCAAGGCUUUGGACAAGGCUCACAUGCCUGCCAAGUACGGGGACAACGUUAUCCUGGUCUCGGAUACGACGGACGGGACCAUUGUGGUGCGGUCGGAGGACGGGUGGAAGACGGCCAAGAUUGUCGGCACCAUUGCAAACGCGCUCCAGUCUGAGAAGGGAUACUCUGUGGCGACUGUCCAGAUUGGCGAGAGCAUCUACGUCGUCACCGAGUACUUCGAGGACGCGGCAAAGAAAGUCGAGGGCACCAAUGCUGGCGACAGGACCAAGUUCCCGCUUCGCGAUAUUACGGCUGAGUUGGAUGCUAUGUUGAACAAGGUCGCUGCUACGCGGAGGUAA